CUUCUCCCACAAUGCAUUGGUGCAAAGCGCGGGAGAUUUAUCGGUAUUUUGAGUCUUGUGUUAUACCCGCUUCUUUAUAUUCCCAAAAUGACAGAAAAUUUCAACGAAAAUUCGAGAAAACUGUCUGAAGUCCUGACAGACCUUUUGUCUAUUGAUUGUGAUGAGAACAUUUGUUCUUCAGCUGUAUUUGAACCAGCAAUUCACACAGAAGACCACAGCCAAGAUGACAACUUUCUGGAUGCCUAUCAAAUAACGUUCAUUCCGGCUAAUACUAAACACCCUCUCUGUCACAUCACUAAAUGCUCUGACAAAGGGUUCUUCUUGUUAGGAAAAGCUGUAGUGGAUACUGUUGAAAACGAGGACGGUGACGAAGAGCUUCAAGUUUCGGUUGUCGAACUUUCAAGGCAAAAAAGUGAACGUGUUUUGGUUGGUACACCACUGUCGCAGGAUGUUGCYUUCAUCAACGGUUCUUCGCCGCUACAUCAAGGCAGCAAGUCCUCAGCUACAAACCGUUUGACGUCAAGAAGUCAAAACUGCAUAGAUGAAUGGCGUCUUGAUAAUUUUCUUGGCAUACAUCCAGUGCAAAUUGAUAAAGCAAGAUAUUUGAUAUCAUUAUUUGACCACUSCCUUACUAGCAAUAUGUCAAACGUCCAAGUGCCAUUUUGGGUAGUGGUUGAUGAGAAUAACACUGGAACUGUCACUCAUAUGGCGAGCCUACCAGUGGGUGUCCAGCCAGACAGGAUUGUCAAUCAUGUUGUCAUAACAUGUAAUGGUCCAUACCCCAAGACAGAAGCACUGCCAAACAUCAAUACUAUACAAAGACUUCACAAUCAGAAAUGUCUUGGCACUGUUGUAGAAAAUAGUAGUUAUGGYUAUGCUUUGUAUGAUCUACUUGGGGUUUCUCAUGCUGUCGAGGAAGAGGACCAGAAGAGUUGCGCUUGUGUUGAAUUUGCCUGGAAGGAUAUACAUAGUCUGGUGCAACCUCCUCCACUCACAUCAGACUGUGUUCUACACAUCAAGUGUUUGCCUGGCAGUAUGCAGCUGACAGACUUCUCUUUAACCAGUGAGGUGAAUAAGCUAAUGUGUUUCCAUGCAAUGAUUCUUGACUCAGAUCAACAAUGGCCAGACCCAGCAUCACAGGAAAUGCAGGAGGUACAAUUGAGGAUAAUGAAAGUCUUAGAAAAUAUUGAUUCUGAAGCCUUCUCCCAAGUCAUUCAUGAUAAUGAUGAUCAGUCAAGAGUCAGCACUUCAUCAUCUCCAGCAGAACAUCUUUCCAAUCAAGAAUUUGCACCAAGGAAAGAUCUUGAUUUCACAGAGAAYUUGUGGUUGAUUCUCAAAGAUGCCCUGMAUUUUGAUGAUCUKGCUGCUUGUUUGAAAAUUGCAAUGAAUGCACUUCUGAGUGGUGCCUGUCAGAUUGUGAUCCAUCCAUCRAACAAGACSCAUCUUGCAAUGUUCAUUCGGCAGCUUUUACAGUGUGAAACAAAUGAACAGAGACAUCAAUUGAAACUGAAAGUUGAAAAGAUGUUUGAUUAUGAAGUUGCUUUAAAGUGUCUUGUUGGAAUAGGUUGUGAGAAACUACUGCGUGAUCACACUAAUUAUUUCCUAUGUGAGGAACUAGUCACCCAAGAUCAACUGAAAUACUUCAUGGAUGGUAACAUACCAUUGUCCCAAAAAGUUGAAAGAGUGGCUAAGUUGCAGAAUGUCCUGGAUUUAGUCAUCACAACCAAGUGUAUUCUAAAYACUGGUCAUGCUAACCUCCAGCUACUUACACAGUCAGCAUUGAUAUACUAUGAAAGCCAUAGUCAUCAUGAUCAUCCUGUGUUUUCACUGCCCCUUCCAGCUUAUUCUUCAACAUCUAUAUCAGCUGUUAAGUCAAUCAUCUCCAAUGAGCAGCCAUCAGUGUGGUGUUUAGCACUCAARUCAAAGACCAAGAAAGACACUGCAACAACUAUUGUUCAGCUGAGCACUGAAUCACCCAUCAACACCAUGACRAACUAUCUCAAUAAUGAAACAAAGGACGAYCUAACAAUGUCUUUGACAAGUAAAGCACCUUACUAUUUAUCCUUUGCCAGGCAGACCACAGUUCCACUUAUUACUUCACAGUGAUUGAUAACAUUGCAAUGCACAAUAUAUAUACUACUCUAUGCUGUAUUAUAAUUCAAGGACAAAAUUUUCUCUGCUCUCAUUGGUCAAGAAUUGACCAUGUGAAACAAUAGUGCCUGCUGCAGAGGCACUAUCACUAGAAUAGAGCUUGCAGUUUCAUUAAAUAUUUUAGUUUUUGAUAAUAAAAACAAUAGAGCUGUUUAAAUCUUGAGGGUUAUGCUGUGAUAGAGUGCACGUCACAUA